UGAAUUGAGCCAAAAUAGUUGACAACAAAUAACGAGUCACAAGCAUAUGUUUGGAUUUACACUGAAAUUGAUAUAAACCCAUUAAACUUACAAAUUUGACAGAAUUAGUACACUUCAAUUUUUUGUCAAACUCAACGGUUCUUCAAAAGCACGCGGUUAAAAUAUCAGCCGUCCAAUUUAACUCGCAAUAGCUUAAACUCUGCACCGUCAGAUUGCAAUCCAUUUUCAGAAAUCAGCACCGCGCUUUCUUUCUUUCUUUCUUCGAUUCCAUCGAUCCAUAACACAAAUCUUAAACGAUUAAUUAAAGACUCAAAUCAAUGGCUCUGAGGAUUCAGCAUAUUCCCAAGCUCUUCUUCUCCGUCUCACCAAUCACAGUCUUCAAACACAACAAACCCAAGACCCGAAUCUCAUGCACCGGCGGCGACAAUGAAAUCAGCGACACAGCACUCACAACAGAGUUUGCAGAGGUAGCAUCCAUAGUCAAAGCCCGUCAGCUACAAGCAGAAGAAGCCAUGAGGAAAAGCAGAAACAUACUUUUCAAAGAACUAUGUGGGUACCUAAGGCUCAAUGAAGAUGAAACAAAACUCAAAUGGAACAAAAUGGAGGAAGAUGAGAGAUGGGUAUUGGUCAAAGGGUUUGUUGAAGAAUGGGAUGAAUUUUUUCAUCCUUUGUCUGCAAGGGCUACUAAAAAAAUGGUGGAGGAAUAUUUUCAACAAGAGAAUCUUCCUUCAAAAUCUUCUCUUCCUUCUUCUCCAUUGUUCCCUUUUGAUAGUAUAAUUGGUUUUCCAUAGAAAGAACUUUCAUGUUCAAUUUCUUUUUCUUUUUGUUUCUGUUCUUCUUUUGAAAAAUUAGCAGAAAAAGAAAACUAAGGCUGUUUUUUAAUUUUGUCCCCUAAAAAAUUUCUUGAGGAGACAUGUUUUGAUUCAUUAGUUCUUUUUUGGUUUCAGUUUAUUCUGUGUUUUCCCAUUUGAAAACACCAACUAUCUUCUGUAAGCCAAGAAAUAACCUGAAUAUAAGUUGGUAUGCCAAAACAUUUGUAAUUA